GGACGGGGCUGUGUUGAGAGUAAUGUUACCAGCGCCGAGAGUGUGAGGAGGCUGCGUAUCGAUCCCGCUCUCACAGCCAUUGCGGUGCAUUGGGCUACACGGCGACCCAGGCAGCGCUGGGGCCGGGGCGAGCGGCCGGGCGGGCGUCUGUGGGGCUGGGGGCCGAGCGAGGGGCUGCGUGCCGACUCUGACGCGGAAAAUCCUCAAAAAUGGGCAAAGGUGAUCCUAAGAAGCCCAAGGGCAAGAUGUCUGCCUACGCCUUCUUUGUGCAGACGUGCCGUGAGGAGCACAAGAAGAAACAUCCAGAUGCUUCAGUGAACUUCUCAGAGUUCUCAAAAAAAUGCUCAGAACGAUGGAAGACUAUGUCUUCUAAGGAGAAAGGGAAGUUUGAGGAUAUGGCAAAGGCGGACAAGCUUCGUUAUGAAAAAGAAAUGAAAAACUAUGUACCACCUAAGGGGGAAACAAAAAAGAAGUUCAAGGAUCCAAAUGCACCGAAGAGGCCUCCUUCGGCUUUUUUCUUGUUUUGCUCUGAGUUUCGUCCCAAAAUCAAAGGAGAACAUCCUGGGCUGUCCAUUGGGGACGUAGCAAAGAAGCUUGGUGAGAUGUGGAACAACCUCAGCGAUGGUGAAAAGCAGCCUUAUAACAAUAAGGCUGCUAAGCUGAAGGAGAAGUAUGAGAAGGAUAUUGCUGCAUACCGGGCCAAAGGGAAGGUUGAUGCGGGCAAAAAAGUAGUUGCCAAGGCUGAGAAGAGGAAGAUGAAUGAAGAGGAAGAUGAUGAAGAUGAUGAAGAUGAUGAAGAAGAUGAGGAGGAAGAUGAUGAUGAUGAUGAAGAAGACUNGGAAGAUGAGGAAGAUGAUGGUGGGAGGAAGAUGAGGAAGAUGAUGAAGAAGAGGAAGAUGAGGAGGAGGAAGAUGAUGAUGAUGAUGAAUAAGUCUCUUUUAGAGCAAUUUCUUUCUUGUCUAUAAAGCAUUUAACCCCCCUGUACACAACUCACUCCUUUUAAAGAAAAAAACAAACAAACAAACAAUGAAAUGUAAGGCUGUGUAAGAUUUGUUUUUAAACUGUACAGUGUCUCUUUUUUUGUAUAGUUAACACACUACCGAAUGUGUCUUUAGAUAGCCCUGUCCUUAGUGGUAUUUCAAUGGCCACUAACCUUGCCUGGUACAGUGUGGGGGUUGUAAAUUGGCAUGGGAGUUUUAAAGCAGGUUCUUGUUGGUGCACAGCACAAAUUAGUCCUAUUUGGGGAUGUAGUUCAUUUCUCAUCUUCAGUUGUCUCUGAUGCAUCAUAAAAAUAAUUGUCGUUCUGUUAAUUGAAUACCACUCUGUAAUUGCAAAAAGGAAAAAAAAAAAGCAAGUUGCAGCUGUUUUGUUGACAUUCUGAAUGCUUCUAAGUAAAUACAAUUUUUUUUAUUAGUAUUGUUGUCCUUUAAUAGGUGCCCUGGAAAAUCAUACGUCUUCUUUUUCUCUUCUCUCUCUCUCUCUUUUUAUUUUUGAGGGGAACUCAUCUUUUGCUUUAUUGAAUGCCCGUUUGGGAUCACGUGAAUAUUACAGUUUUCAUCUUUCAUAUAUCCAGCUGAUAAACACAGCUUUGAUCUACAUACCCUGCAUAUUCAUGAUAGGGUAAGAAGAGAAAUCUAUAGGCGUGCGAUGAAAGAAUAUUUGUCCGUAACUGGAAACAAAAGAAACCAAUCUCAUCAAAGCGAUACUCGUUCAGAAGUUUGUGAAGCGUAAUAUUCUGUUGCAUGAAUUUACCAGUCUUGGAGAGUUGAGAAGUAUAGAGUUCAAUUUAACGGAGAUGAAAUACUUCUGGGUAGGGGGGAGGGGGAGGGAGCGGACGUUACGUUUUGUCCUGGGAGGACCCAUAGGAAGGGGGUGUAAGUCCAGCCGGGGUGGAGACAUUUACAGGUGUGACCCCGUUGCCAUGUAACGGAGGUCGGAUGUGUAAAUCCCAGCACUGGCGAGAGGUGUCCGUACCUACGGUGUGUGGAGCUCAGAGCGGGAAGUGGCCGCCUUAUUUUUUGGUGACGGGUCUGGCGAUGGCCGCGGGCUUUAUACCAUGAAACUCUCCUGGUAGCAAAACGGCCCACGAGAAAUGAUCUUUCUUUCUAAGAUUUCUAUAAAUGGUACCAUUAUUAUUUGUUAAAUCUAUGUAAAUUCAUAUUUGUAUUCUUGAAAUUCUAGUUUUAGCCCUUGAAACAAAGCUGUAUAUUGUCUCAAAUUGAAAAUGAGAUAAGAUGUAUUUUUCCUGUUAGGUUUUAUACCGCACUCGAUGUCUGCCCAUUUUUAAGUUAAAUAUAGCUGUAUGGAAAAGUACAUUUUAUUAAAUUUUGCAUUAAAAAGUGAAAUGUUUAUGGUAUACCAACACCGUCUAAUUUGGUCCAGUGCAGUUCUCUUCCAGAACCAAAACCCGAGGGUCGAUGGGGUUGGUUUUAUUAUUCCCCUGCAUAUUUAGUCCAACUUCCAAGUGCUGGCAACCGUAACCGUUCUCACACGCACCUGCUGACCAGUCCGGGGGGACAAUUCGGCAACUCUGUGCUUAUCAAAUUAUGGUUCUCUUUUAAGUGCCAGUGUUUAAAAGGAGCGAAAAAAAAGAGAAAAAAAUAAGAAAAAAAAGAAAAAAGGAAAAAAAAGCAAAAAAAAAAAAAAAGCAUUCUUGUAAUUUUACACGCUUUUGUGCUGGAGUAUUGUUUUGUUAUACGAUUUUGACUUUCAGAUUCUUAUUUCAAUUUGCAUUUAUGUAUAACUUCUUCAGGAGAAAUAUUGAACAUCUGGAUCCUGGAUGAUACUAAUAAACUAAUAAUUGCAGAGGUUUUAA